UCUUCUUCACUGGCCCACACCCUUUUCCCAAAAAUCCCCUAAUCCCCCAAUUCUCAUCUUCCCAACAAUUUUCCACAAAAUCCUCCAUUCCCCCAACCUCCCAAUUCAUCCCAUCAAUGGCUUCCACUUCCGCUCUUUCAAUGGCCUUACCAUUCACCCACGCCACCCGCAAGCCACUCUCCAACGACGCUUUCUUCAACCCAUUGCCCUCUUUUAAGUCCCGCAAGCCCAUCGCCACUGCUCCCAUCUCCAACGGAAGGAUCCUCGCCGUCCGAUCUUCCUUCAAGGAGAAGGCUGUUGCUGGAAUCUCUGCUGCUGCUCUCACCGCGUCGAUGGUCAUUCCAGAGGUUGCCGAGGCUGCCGGAUCCGGUGUCUCGCCCUCCUUGAAGAACUUCUUGCUGAGUAUUGCGGCAGGUGGAGUGGUGGUGGUGGCGAUAUUGGGGGCGGUCAUCGGCGUCGCCAACUUUGACCCGGUGAAGCGAAGCUGAGCGCAAAUGUGAAGUAAAAAGGGGGAAAAAAAAAGAAGUAAAUUGUAAUUUUUGUGUUUUACGUUUAUUUAAUCGUUGUGUUUGUGGUCAUGCUAAAUUGCUAAUGUAUGGAUUUUUUAGCUGUAAACUUUUUCCAUUCAACUCUAAAUUUCUCCAUCUCUCUUCAUUUAUGCCCAAA